CUCAGUUUCUUCAGGUUUAGAAGAGGCCUUUGCAUUAUCUUUUCCACUGUUCCUGGAGAACUUUGCCUUCAUGAGGAGCUUCCUGGAAUGCCAUUCAGAGCCCUGUCCCCAGGUAAAUGGAAGAGCUGGAGACCAGUUUAUCCCAGACGCGGAAAGCACACAGAAUAGAACAAAUGGUAGCAAGAUGGCUUCGGCGCUCCCGGGACAGCUCGGCCCGAGCUAAAGUGGCUGCAGCUGACGUGCCCCCCGGAAACCCAACCCAGCCCCUCACCCCUGUGAGACACACAGUAAGGAUAGACAAAGAUGCCCUCCUCCGGGACUAUGGAUUUCACAUUUCCGAGAGCCUUCCCCUCACAGUGGUGGCCGUCACUGCAGGGGGCACCGCACAUGGCAAGCUUUUCCCCGGGGAUCAGAUCCUCCAAAUGAACAAUGAGGCUGCCGAAGACCUUUCCUGUGAACGAGCAGUCAAUAUUCUGAGGGAAGCUGAGGAUUCUCUUUCAAUCACAGUUGUUCGCUGCACGUCGGGGUAUUAUAAGAGACCUUAUGAAAUGCUUUGCAAGAAUGAAGGAAUACUACUAUAUCCUCAGGACCCUGGCCUACCAAUCUGGAAUCCCAUCUUCAAAAGAAAAAUGAACUUGGUUGGCUCUGACUUGUUCUUGGGAGUCCCCAAGUCAUCCUUCCUGACUGAGGAGAAGAGAGCCAGGCUGAAGACCAACCCUGUAAAGGUGCACUUUGCUGAGGAAGUGCUUGUCAGUGGACACAACCAGGGUAAUUCUCUACUGUGCAUGCCUAACGUGCUCAAGCUGUACUUGGAGAAUGGACAGACCAAAGCUUUCAAGUUUGAGGCAAACACAACUGUGAAGGACAUCAUCCUCACGGUAAAGGAGAAGCUGUCCAUCCGAAGCAUCGAGUACUUUGCGCUAGCCCUGGAAGAGCAGUACAGCAUCUCACGGCUGCACCUGCUGCACGAGGAGGAACUCAUCCAGCAGGUGGUGGAAAGAGAGGAGUCACAGGACUACCGCUGUCUCUUCAGAGUAUGUUUUGUUCCCAAGGACCCCCUGGACCUCCUGAAAGAAGACCCUGUGGCCUUUGAAUACCUCUAUCUGCAGAGCUGCAGUGACGUGCUCCAGGAGCGCUUUGCUGUGGAAAUGAAAUGCAACUCUGCACUACGACUCGCAGCCCUGCACAUCCAAGAGCGGAUCUACGCAUGUGCCCAGCCACAGAAGAUCUCUUUGAAGUACAUAGAGAAAGACUGGGGAAUAGAGAACUUUAUAUCUCCAACUUUACUCAGAAACAUGAAAGGCAAAGACAUCAAGAAAGCCAUUAGCUUCCAUAUGAAGAGGAACCAGAAUUUGCUGGAACCCCGACAGAAGCAACUUAUUUCUGCUGCCCAGCUACGUUUAAAUUAUCUACAGAUCCUUGGGGAACUCAAGACAUAUGGUGGGAAAAUCUUUAAUGCUACUUUAAUGUUACAGGAUAGAGAAUCCUACAUUGCCCUUCUAGUUGGAGCCAAGUAUGGGAUUAGCCAGAUUGUCAAUAGCAAACUCAACAUCAUGUCCACUUUGGCAGAGUUUGCAAACAUCAGCCGUGUAGAACUGAUGGAAGAGUCUGAAAAAGUGAGCAUGGUCAAAGUGUAUCUUCAGGACGUCAAGGUUCUGACUUUGCUGCUGGAAUCCAACAGUGCAAAAGACCUGGCUUGCCUAAUUGCUGGUUAUUACAGGCUGUUUGUUGACCCAGUGACCUCUAUUUUGCUCUGGCCUGGAAACAAACAGCAGGUGCACCGGGUGUCUGCUGAAGAAGGCUAUGAGUCCAGCGCCUGCAGUGACUCCGAGGAGUCCUCGGUAGCAGACUGUGUGCUGGAGCCUCUCUCCAACAAAUGCCUGGUAAAGCUGGGCCUCUGCAGACCCAUCCUAAAAGAGGAGCAGCCUCUGGGGGACAGCCCCAUGCUGGAGGUGGACAGGAGAGGCCCGAGCAUCUGCAGGGCCAGCAGCACAACCGACAGUGCUGAGUCAGAGGCGUCGGACUCAGCCAACACUGAGAGUCGAGGCUGCAGGACCAGUGGCUCCAGCGAGUCCAUGGACGCCCUGGAAGAGGAUGACUUGGAUGCCUGCUCCUCCAGCAGGUCUGGCUUCUUCCACUUUGGCUCAUCAGACUUCCCGGAGAGUCUUGAUUCCGACAACCAAGAGGAGAGAAGCAGGAUUGAAACCAGUGGCUUCCUCUGUCUCCUGGACCUGGCCCAGAGAGCCAACCCGCAGGGCCAGAAGACAGAGUUUUCUGAGAGUCCCGCUCCUGAGCCAUUCAGCUGGGGCCCAGAACUGAGCAUGGUGCGACUGGACCCCAGGUUGUAUGAGGGCAACCGAACCAACUACUAUAGCCUGUGCUCCAGUGUCUCCCCUGCCAGCCUCCUGAGUGACAGCUCGGAGAGCACGGCUUCCCGGCAGGGAGGGCCCCUGCCCACUCAGGAGGAACAGGGCUGGACCGAUGCCCAGCCCAGCUCCACACUGGAAGCCCCAGCCCCGCAUCUGCUCCUGGCCUUUGAGGAUGGCAGCUCUGACGAGGAAUACUAUGAUGCAGCUGAUAAGCUCACACCCCCAGACACCCUCUCAGGGCCUAGAGCUAUUUCUGCUGCAGAACCCAGUGCCACAAACUUGCAGAGUAAGGCCAGCGGUUGCACCCAGGAGGACAGCCUGAAUCCUGGGCCAGGUAGAAGAGAACCAAGCCGAAGGGGAGGGAUGAAAAAGUAUGCCAAGACCCUGAGGAAGAGAAGGUCUUUCCUACAGACCGACUACACUUCUCAGGUCUCGUUUCCCCUGGUGCCGUCAGCCUCUCUGGAGAGCAUGGACGACGUGUGCUACUAUGAUAGAGAGCCCCACCUGGCCCUUGGCACAGCCUCCCCAACUGUGUCCUCCCUGCAGGAUGUGCAGGGUGAACCCGGCCUCCUAGAGACAAAGGCCCUGGGGUUGCUGGCUCCCCUGAGGGAGGCCAAGAGCACAAACCCCACUGCUGGAGUCAUGGAGAUGGAGCCUGAGACUAUGGAAACCAAAUCAGUCAUUGACUCUCGAGUGUCUUCUAUUUCUGCCAUUCGCCUCCGGAUUGACCCCAGCCAUAAAGAGAAUUCUGGGAUUGCCCCUUUGACUGCCACAGUAGCCGGUUUUCCAGCAAGCACUCCUCACUGUUCCAACCCAGGUUCAUCUGGCCCAGAUACUACCAAGGCAGGGACUUCCCAAACCUUGUCUCCAUUUCAAGACCUGAAUAGCAGUGCUCCCAAAGAACUGGCCACAGCGCUUGGGGACAGCACCUCCACGGCUGACCCUAACCUAGGCAACACAGGCCUGCACAGUGUCUCCCAGGGAGACACAUUAGAGCUCGGAGGAGUCCAGUUGGAAACAGGAUCAGGAUCUUUGUUUACAAAUCGAAUGCAAGAAACUGACCAGAAAUACACAGAAUCCUUGUUGUCUCCUGGAGACCGGCCCAGAGAUGGUGAAUGUAGAGUAAACUUAGGAGAGAAAAUGGCUUCUCUUCCUACAAAGGAGGAGCAGCAAGGACAACUAUCUUUGGAAAGUGACAGAGAGAUUACAAACAAAAAUGGCAUCAAUUUAUUUCAGGAGGCAUCUGGGAGGGAUUCGAGUGAUCCCAAAGGUGAUGUGUCGAAUGCGGAUCCACAGGCUCUUGGUGUUUGUACCCUAGCUGGCGAAAUAACAGCCUCCCUCUCCUUGGAGGCUCCUGCAGCAGCGACUGAGCAGACCACACCACAAACCCCCAGGAACCCCCAAAGACAAAGCAGAGAAACCCCAGACCAAGCCUGCCAGGCCCAAGAACAAGAACUAUUGGCAGAAUUGGAUUUAGACCCCGAUUUCUUGCCUGGGAACCAGACCAUUCCAUCAGCCUUCCCUCCAGAGGCGGUGGAGGCAGAGCCACUUAACAAUGUGACGGAGAAAGACACAGCCCCUAGGGACAUUCCUCAGCAGGUCUGUUUUAAUCCAGAGCCUUCCCUGCCAAACCCACUACUGUGUCCCCAAGAGGAGCCCCACUUAGAGAGUUCAAACCAUUGUUCACUGUCAGAAAGCAAAGACAAAAGUCCUAGCACCUGCCUUCCCGCUGAGAAGUCUUUCCUGUGUUUUGCCCCAGAAAGCCAUCUUGAUGUUUUUGCCAGUCCCCGGAUGGCCAUGUCUUUGGGCUUUGCAGGCAUGAAUGAGACGGUGGCACCCAGGAUUGGGAUGGAGCAGUGCAGCUGCCAAUUCUCUUAUGCCACGUGCUUCCGUGGCCCACAACUGGAGACAGAGGAAAACAACAAGGACUCUGAAGCGCACCACACAGCCCCUCUCACCUCUCCGCCCUCUGCAGGCAGCCAGCUGGCCCUGCCCUGGAGGCCUGUGCAGGCCCACAUCUGCAGCACCAAGUCCCUGCCCAGGAAAAGCCACAUCUGGCCUGAAUACUGCUCCAGGGCCCUGAACCAGCUGAAAGCAGUGCCUGCCAGUGCCCCAGAGGGCUUCCUCCAACUCAUGGAGAGCUUGCUUGAGUUACAAGACAUUUUAGAAGCUUCUUGGGGAGAUGGGAGCAGACACUCCCCAGAGAAAUGCACCUGGUACUUUUCUGAAAGCCGGAGCCGCCUCUGCAUGGGCUCCCAGAAGCUCCUGUUGAGCUGUCAGCAUGUGAUCAGAAUGGACCAGUCCCCUGAAGAGAUGCAGGGUGCUGUGCGAGACACCUUCCAGCACCUGGUCCAACUGGCUGGCCUAUGCUUGCACUUCACAGACUGCAGCCGCUGCUCCGCCUGGCACAGGGAAGCAGCCGGAAAUCUGAGGGACGUGGUAUACACCUACCACCAGUUUGUGGAGGCUGCUAAGCUGACCUGUGAGAGGGGCUACCAUGACCUGAGUGUGAAACUCUUGGCCCGUCAGUGCACAGCCCUCACGGCUGCCGUGUUCUGUUUGACCCAGAAGUUCCGGGCAUCCACUGCCCUGUGAGCAGGCUGGCUGCCCAUGGACCCCUCCCCUCCCCUGCCCUGGAAACUUUCCUGAGAAGCCCCUUUAAUUUCCCUACUCAACCACUGGCAAAUGUUUACUACUUAGAGUAUUCAAAUAAACUGCUGCUUAUUCUU